AGGAGGUGUCGAUUGACGAAUGUUCGAGUGGAUCGUGCGACAAGCCUGUGCAGAUCAGCAUGCUGGUGGACCAUUGGGCAUGGAGACGCUGAUUCUGAUCCAUGAGAUGAAUUGUUGGUUGCAGCUCUAGAAACUUCAAUCGAUAAGGAAGCUGCAACACCUGCAAAGGGGAUGCUACAAGAGGAGCAACGGCCGAAAAAGAAGCGACGGCUGGUAGAGAGCAACGGCUAGCAAGGACUACGAGAGGAAGAGGAGCAACGACCAACUGCCCUGUACCUUUUUUUCUGGGUCUACAGUAGACAUUGUAUUUUAAUUAGUUACCGUCGGCAAUAAGCUUAUGCGCUGAUAGCUGUAACAUCCAACUCUCACAAUGCUUGCUACUGUUGCUACUGGUUUUCCGCUACAUCGUGGGGUGCCCCUGUGGAUCCUCAGCACAGUAGCAGGCAAGCGGCAGCAGUAGCCAUCGUUGUUGGGAAAACAAGCAAACAAUUCCGUGGGCAAGUACCAGUUUACCACCAUGCCGUGGGCCUCCCCAUCACAACGGAUAAGAUCGGCCGGUCGGCACGCCCAAAAGAUCCGGGCGCGUCACUAUUAUAUCAUCACUCAUCCUCGGUCCCGAGAGCCGUACCGUCCCUAUCCAUCUCCGUGCCCAAUCCACAGCGCGAGAGUGAGGAGCUACAGAGCUAGCUAGCUGCGAGUGCGAGCCCGUGUGAAGUAGAGCACGCCAAGAACAAGAGAAGCUGAUGGCGGUGGUGAGCGGCAACGGCGGGAGGCUGAACCCGUGGGCGGAGCCGUUCGUGCCUUCCGGGGUGCGGUACCGCGGCCUGCAGACGGCGGCGGAGGUGGAGCAGGAGGUGGAGGACUUCUCCCCCGAGUGGUGGCGCCUGGUCGCCGCCUCCCCGGCCUUCCGCGACCGCUGGCUCCGCGACUACGGCGCUCUCGGCCUGCUCGACGACGAGGGCGGCCCGGACGAGGACGCGGAGGUCGUGGACAGCUUCCUCCCCGACGAGCUUUUCUCCCCUCCGCCGCCGCGCCAAGAGAGCGAGCGGGAGGAAGGCGCGGCCGGCAAGAGGGGCGGCAGCGGGGGGCUUGAGGUGGCGGCGUGGGGGAUCGACAAGUGGUGGCGCGCGCACUGCGGGCCGCCGGAGGCCCCGAGGUACGCGGAGAAGGCGCCGCGGAGGGUGGCCGGCGGCGCCAGGGUGAGCCCCCGGCCCAUCCAGCAGCCUCGCUGAAGCGCUCGCUGAUCCAGCGCACGCGUCGUCCAUCCACCAGUCAGUGCCAGAUCUUGGCGCAGGAAAAUAGGCAAAAGAAAAAAAAAGUUAUUUUCCCCUUUCAAUCUUUGAUUUGCUCUUAGUCUUGCGUUGUUUUGGUUCAGCUCGAGAUGAUCCACUGCGUUGUACUGGUUCCUUGGUGUAAAUAUGAUGAUGUAAUAACAUGCAGCGAGACUCUAGCUUUCAGUUGCAGAUUCA